CCAUCAUGAACCUGGCCCAUACCACCGUGCUCCUGUGGAUGUUGGGGACCCUCCAGGCCUUUGAACUCGUGGAGAAGGAGAACAUUUUUCAGAGGACGCCCUGCCCGGCUUUCCUGAUGUUUGACAAUGCAGCCUACCUGGCCGACAUGAGCUUCGAGCUUCCCUGCCACUGCAAGCCAGAGGAGGUGCCUGCCGUUGUCUGGUACUACCAAAAGCAUGUGGGCAGCAGCCACACCAAAGUGCUGACAGACUUUGAUGGGCGGGUGCUGACAGAGGCAACCCAGGUGCGUGUGGGCAGCGACAUGCUGGUUCGCUUCAGCAUCCGCAUGUUCAGCCUCUUGGUCUUCCAGGCCCAGCCUGAGGACUCGGGCUUAUAUUUUUGCGGCUCCAGGAAGGGGGACUACUUUUAUGCCUAUGAUGUGGACAUCCAGAGCAGUGAGAGAAUGGUGGCCACCUUUAGAGACCAGGGCCAGGAGCCCUUUGAAGAUGAGUACCAUGGGAAACUCCACAUCUUCACCACCUUCUGGGAGUGGACCCCCUGUGACCGCUGUGGGGUACGUGGGGAGCAGUGGCGCAUUGGCCUCUGCUAUCUGCAGAGCCCAGGCCUCUCCCCCCGCUUCCGUAACACUCUGCCUGAGGUGGUGUCCUGUGGUUCUCGGGCUGUGCCAAGCAAGCUUCAGGCCAAGGUCAAGGACCAUCCACCCGAGUUACUGGUUCGGAGCUGCAUGGUGCCCUGUGAGAAGACGGAGAAGUUCCAGAAGGGCAUAGUGGCUAUCUUGAACUAUGUGUCCAAAGAGGGCAGCCGGCCCUGGGUGCCGCAGGUACCCAUUCAGUUCCACAAACAGGUGCUGGGCCAUGGACUCAUAAUCUCCUGUCCCGGGGCCCGGCCGGAGCACGCCGUGGCCUGGGACAAGGACCAGCAGUACCUCUAUCGCACACAGUACCUGAAGGGGGUCAACAGGUCCAUGAGGGUGUUCAUCGACCAUGGCAACCAUCUUCACAUCCGCUUCGCCCAGCUGACUGACCGGGGCAUCUACUAUUGCUGGCGGCAGGGGGUGAAGAUCGCUGGGUUCCGACUGGGCAUGACAUCGCGAAGGCGCCACCGAAUCUCUCUCUCGGACCCUGAAACUCGCUCUGCCUUGACUCUCACCCUGAUAGGCUACCUGGUCAUCACGGCUAUCUUUGUCACCAUCCACCUCUGCCGUUGCGGCUGUUACUUAUUUCCCUCUUGUUCUGGCUUUCUCCCUAGGAUUUCUCUCCCCUGGCUCUGAACACCGGUUGUACUUGAAUGUGUUUGUUAAAUGAUACCCAGGAUGCCAGGCUGGGAUAUGUGGCAAUGGGUGUGGACAAGUCUGUUAGUUAUCACCUACUUCCCAUUUUCAUGCACAUGUCAGGGAUGUGACCGUGGAGGUGGAGGAGGCCUGAGGCACAUGGGAGGUGGGGAACAGAGGCUGGGAUAGACAUCCCCAUGUGCUCGUGUGUUCUGACCGCUCAGAUAGGGGAAGACCUGAACCUCUUCUGUGUUGAAUGGCCUGU